GGAGGAGGAGCCGCGUCAAGGAGCGCCGCGCACCAUGAGCAGUCCAGUGCCACAGAUGCGCGCCCGGCUGAUGCUGAUGCUGCGGGUCGCCACACCGUCAAAGGAGGUAAAGCGUCUACCGUAGUAGUGGCCAACGUGACAGUAGAGGCUUGUGAUGUUGCAAGUGAAGCCGAAGGCAAUAAUACCCCAACACCGGUUUCCAGCAUGAAAUGCAACAAGAACGGGGAAUGCAGGCGGGACUCCGGUACGGGGAGCCUGCGGUCAGUCUUGUCCAAAUCGGAUAAACGGGCAGCGUGCAAUUCAACGACAAGCAUGGACGGUAUCACCACUCCCGUCGGCUCCCUAACUCAGGGAAACGAUGCCUCGAAUCCCGGUACGACACCAGUCCCGGAGAAGAAGGAAUCGAAAGUGUCCUUUUCCAACGCCCCGAGUCGGAAAACCUCUUCCUCCAUCCACGGCACCCAGCAGCCCCGGAACUCGGUGACAUUUCUCAAAUCCGAGGACGCUUCUCAGAACGGGGCCGAGGAUGGCGAAACCCAGGGCAGCCAGGCGAGCUUCAUGCAGCGGCAGAUCAGCAGCAUGCUGCAGCCGGGGGUCAACAAAUUCUCGUUACGCAUGUACGGGAGCCAGAAAGAGGUGGAGAAAGAGCAGGAACGCGUGAAAUCUGCGGGCAACUGGAUCAUUCAUCCAUACAGUGACUUCAGAUUCUAUUGGGAUUUUACAAUGCUCCUCUUUAUGGUGGGCAACCUGAUCAUUAUACCUGUCGGCAUCACCUUCUUCAAAGAGGAGACCACCACACCCUGGAUCAUCUUCAACGUGAUCUCCGACACCUUCUUCCUCAUGGACCUGGUGCUAAACUUCCGUACAGGCAUCAUAAUCGAGGACAAUUCAGACAUUAUCCUGGAUCCCAGUACCAUCAAGGUGAAGUACCUGAGGACCUGGUUUAUUGUAGACUUUGUCUCGUCCAUUCCAGUGGAUUAUAUCUUCCUGAUUGUGGAGAAGGGCAUCGACUCGGAGGUGUAUAAGACAGCUCGUGCCCUAAGGAUUGUGCGUUUCACCAAGAUCCUGAGUUUGCUGAGGCUGCUGCGUCUCUCUCGUCUGAUUCGAUACAUUCAUCAGUGGGAAGAGAUCUUUCAUAUGACCUAUGACAUGGCGAGUGCAGUGAUGCGGAUAUUCAACUUGAUAGCGAUGAUGUUGUUGCUGUGUCACUGGGACGGCUGUCUACAGUUUCUGGUGCCCAUGUUGCAGGAUUUCCCCUCUGACUGCUGGGUUUCCCUCAACAAGAUGGUGAACGACACAUGGGGUGAGUUGUAUUCCUUUGCUGUGUUUAAAGCCAUGAGCCACAUGUUGUGUAUAGGUUAUGGACGACAAGCUCCGGAGAGUCUCUCUGAUAUCUGGUUGACGAUGCUCAGCAUGAUUGUCGGAGCCACCUGCUACGCCGUCUUUAUCGGACAUGCCACGGCCCUCAUCCAAUCCCUGGACUCAUCACGACGCCAAUACCAGGAAAAGUACAAACAAGUGGAGCAGUACAUGUCUUUCCACAAACUUCCAGCGGAUUUCCGACAGAAGAUUCACGAUUAUUACGAGCACCGUUACCAGGGCAAGAUGUUUGAUGAAGAGAGUAUCCUUGAGGAACUCAAUGAGCCGCUCAGAGAGGAAAUAGUGAACUUCAAUUGCCGAAAGCUGGUGGCCUCCAUGCCCAUGUUUGCCAACGCCGAACCCAACUUCGUGACAGCCAUGUUGACAAAGCUCCGUUUCGAGGUCUUCCAGCCGGGCGAUUACAUCAUCCGUGAGGGAACCAUCGGCAAGAAGAUGUACUUCAUUCAACACGGCGUUGUGAAUGUUAUCACCAAAGGAACUGUUGGGUUAAAACUUUCUGAUGGCUCCUACUUUGGAGAGAUUUGUCUGCUGACCAGAGGUCGACGUACAGCGAGCGUACGAGCAGACACCUACUGUCGCCUGUACUCUCUCUCUGUGGACAAUUUUAAUGAGGUGUUGGAGGAAUACCCCAUGAUGAGGAGGGCAUUUGAGACUGUAGCCAUUGAUCGACUGGACCGAUUGGGAAAAAAGAAUUCCAUCCUGAUGAACAAAGUACAGCACGACUUAAACUCUGGCAUCCUAAACAACCAAGAGAACGAGAUGAUACAAGAGAUUGUGAAGUAUGACCGCGAGAUGGUAAAACGAAUAGAUCCGCAGCGUCCGCGUGCCAUGUCCAUGACGCCAUCAAUUCCUGGGGGGAUCUUUGCUCCACCUGGGCAAUCGCAGGGCAACUCUGCCAUUGCCACACUCCAGCAGGCAGUGGCUAUGAGCUUCUGUCCACAGUUUGGCCCUAUGGUGGGCCCGAGCACCAUGCAGUCACCCAGGAUGGUACGACGGUUUCAGGUGGUACAAAACAUUUCCAGCCCAGCAGCCGUUUCUCCUCAGCAGAUGCAGCCUUCGGGUUCGGUACCGUUCGGGGCGCUUGCUGCCAUAGCCAUGGCCAGUACUCCGAUGCAGAGUCCACUAGUGGCGGCAGGAAGCCGGACAUUUCAGUAUGGGACGGGUCCAAUGGGUGGGCGCUCUGGCUCUCAGCUGUCACUCAUUCAACAGCACGUCCCCAGUCCAACACGGCCCACCCUGCUCAAGGGCACCCAUCCUUUGCACCAAACGGGCAGCUUGACGCAGGAUGCCAGGUCCUUGUCUGCUUCCCAACCUUCUCUCCCCCAAGAUGGAGCUCAACCUGUCGGACCAAGCCCUUCACCCUCCACCAAUGCUUCCUCGACAUCAAUUGGCCCACCUCAGGCACCUCACCCCGCCAUUCCCGGGCCCUCUGGGGUCAGGAUUGCUGUAUCACAGAGAAUAGCCCCAACCCUUCAGGCAUCAGGGUCUGCAAUUGGGAAUUACCCAUCCACUCCACCUGCUACAGGCACUCCACCUGGCGUGGUGGGACAAGCACCUUUGGACUCUGCUAUACGCAAGAAAGAUUCCAUAGUCAGCCUACCCGAAACAGACUUCACAGCUAGAUCCAGGCUAUCGUCCAACCUCUGACGAGAACUUUGGACUCUUCUACUUUCUUGGUCACAGUUUGCUCUUAUUGCCCGAGUCUGGGCCUUCUGUAGAGUAGGUAAGCUCGUGGCUUUUCAUAAGAUCCCAAGUGUGGACAAUGGGACAGAUUUAUCGCUAGAUUUAAAGUCUCUGCUACAAAUAGAUUGUCGAGGUUGGAUGCCUCUGUUCCACUUGCUUGUGUAGUUACCGCAGUCCUCUGUACAGCUUCAGAUGCCUCUCAAUAUAUUUGUCUUUAUUAUCCCGAAUGAAGGGAAGAUCCUGUUGUGUGUGGCUUGGUGUGUUAAGUAAAGCUCAUAUGAUGCAAUGGGGCCUGGGUGACAAGAAAAUCAGGGACUUGCAAGAGACGACAAUGAUGAGAUUUACCGCUUCGCAAAAGUGUUUCGAAACGCCUUCGUUCUUUCUGUAUAAGCUCUCUGUGUAGCAAUCAAAUUACCUGUCUUUCACAAUGUUGUUAUAUAUUAAUGAAAAAAGUAUUAUGGACCGCUGGCCGAUCUUAUAUCCACUUGUACAUACAGUAGGAGGGAAAAAGGGAAAGAAGUUAUAAUGAAAAAACUAACAAUUGUAUUUACUCAAAAACCAAAGUUGAGCUUGAACACAAAUUUUGGUUGUGUCUGUGUCAACUAAGAAAAAAACCUCCUAUAUUUAACUGCCUUGAUUUGAAGUUUAGAAGCCAUAUACAUGGUUUGUGUGUGUGCGCGCGUGUGUGUGUGUGUGUGUUAGUUUGCGCAGUUGAUCAUAUAUGCUUAUUGAUAGAGUUUAGUUUAUAAAUCAGUUUCAUCAAAACGAAGUGUAAAGUUCACGUAUGUAGUGGAACGCUUGUAUUUUUAUGUCGUUUCGUCGGCCAUGUCAAGAGACUUUGUUGACCAAGGCAAUACUUUACUGCGGUUGCACUGAGCGUUAAGACUUGAAUUUUUUGGGUUUUCUGCGAAGCCCGUUAAAUUAGCAGACAGAAAAUGAAGAGAAGCCAAAAGAUUUAUCUUUACGUGACUCAUGCUGUAUUUGUGAUCCGUGUUGAUCUGCACAUGCAAUAUAAUUCUGCAAUAUUCUUGCCCUGCCUUUUAUAAAACCUGUCAUAGCAGCAUAAGCAAUUAAAUCAGCGCCAUUCAAAGAAUGUUUCAAACCUCCUCUUUUAAUGCACUGAAUGAGGCGAUGCAGCUGUUGAAAUAUAUAUAUGUUUUGAUAUUGGUCUUCAGUCUAUAGCAUUUAUCUGUUAAAGUAACUAUUGUAUGUUUGAAAUUGUUUCCAGUUUCAGCAUAUUUCAGUGAUAGAAGCGGGUUUCAUAAAGUAAAGCUUGAUUUAUACUUCUGCAUAGAACCUACGCUGUAGCCAAGCGUCAGUUUUUUAUUUAUACUUUUGCGUCGUUCUUCACAUCAAUGUGUAAUCCACAUGCAGAUCGCUACUACGCAAUGUCCACGGGCAUGUUACAGUAUCAAGGUAGCAGCUUGCUGUGUACUGUAUGUUGUUAAAGAAGCAUCAGCAGUAAUAGAGGUAAAUAAAUAUCGCUAGAGUUGUUAACUCUUUCACCGCCAGCGUUUUUAAAAAAAGUUGCCAGCCAGCGCCAGCGUUUUUCAUGUUUUUCACCAAAGUUUAAUGCCUUCCAGAAAAUGUUCUUCUUUAAAUAUAUAAAAAUACAAUAUACCAAAUGAAAGAACAGACCCUCUGCUUUCAAAAAAAAAAAAAAAAAAAAACGUUUCAUCCUACCUUUAGUGGUUCUUUGGUAAUCAGCUUUUGAAUAUGGGUAGGUUUCUGCAAAAACACCAGAUUUUGAGCAAAAAGCAGAGAUAAUUCAAUUUUUGUGACAGACUUUUCAUAGAGAUCCCAUUUAGAGCGAUCUUUAAAACAAAUAGGGACAUGCAGCCGCUUGCCAUAGGGCAAUACUUCCGGGUUUAAAAAGUUGCGCAAGGGCGCCCCCUGGUGGAUAAUAGCGGUAUUGCGGAAAGACGGAAAAUCUCGUCAAUGGCGGGGAAAGAGUUAAAGGGGUCCUAGCAUAUAAAACUUUUCCAUGUUUAAGUGUUAUAAUUGGGUCCCCAGUGCUUAAAUCAAUCUAGAAAACGUGAAAAAGAACAACCCUGUAACUUUGUUUUGGUAAACCAUUCUCUGCAAGCAUGUGAAAAAUUAGGUCAUUCAGAUUUUGCCUGUUUUGUGACGUAGGUAGCAAGCCUUAUUAAUAUAAUACCACGCCAUAAUCUGCACUAUCAACCACGGCACUGUCACUUAGUGCAGAGAGAAAGAAAGAUAGAGAAAAAAAACAACAACUAACAGCACAAUUGAGUUUCAAUUUCAGCAAACCACCAUUAUGGUGAUCAGUGUUUGCAUUUCUUCAGCUAAUUUGCAUUUUAAAGGACACACCCAAAAAACAGCACAUUUUUGCUCACACCUACAAACUGGCAAUUAUAACAUGCUGUAAUACAUUAUCUGUGGGGUAUUUUAAGCUAAAACCUUACAAACACUUUUUGGGGACACCAAAGACUUAUUUUA